CAAGAAUCCCGACCAUCCAUCCUUUCCCUCUUGGAACACAAGCCGAAAUCCCCCUCUCCACGACCUUCAUUUGACCUGCGAAGAAUGGACUAAAAACGAGCUGUAAGAUAUGGCUGAAGAUGGUUCCCAGCCUCAAACACUGCGCCCUGAGCUGCAGCUCCCCCCUGUUGGGGAGAAAUUGUUGCCGGCAAAAUGCAAGCCAGGCACGUUGGCCUACUGUCCCACCAUGGACCUCAUUGCCUUAGUGACCGAAGACGAUGAGCUGCAUGUCUUCCGUCUCAAUGGGCAAAAGGUCUUGGGGGGAUCAUUCAAAGGAGACCCGUAUUUGGAUGAAGAUGACGGCCGCGGUGAGAUUCGCGCCUUAAUGUGGAAAAACAAUGGACACUUGCUUGCUGUGGCGUGUGCGGAUAAUACCAUUCGUGUCAUCAGCUCUUACAGUGGUAAAACUGUCCACCACUAUCCUGCAUAUCAAGCGCCGGCAGAUUCUCCUCAGCCUAUCAAGGUCACCUGCCUGGGAUGGGGGGUAAAUUUCACCGAUAGUAAGGCUGCACAGAGGCACCUACAGGAAGCUGCUGGGUAUAUCACCAUCGAGGAUCUGCUCUCUCCUAACGUCCAUCCCUCGAAAGCGGCUGCCGUGCUGAGGGCGGAUUUGCCGAGGGAACUCGCAUUGUUGGAUAUUGAAACGUCACUACCAAAGCUCAGCACUCUGCCAGCUACAGGGGGCGACGACGAUGUUUUCAGCUCUCGAGCAUCUCUCGAUGCCAUGUUCCACUCCGCUGCUAAGAAUACCAGUGAUGCGGUGGAUGUUCUGCUUGUCGGAUCCGAUAAUGGCACAAUUCACCUGCGUAUCUUUGAUUGCUUUGAAAUCGGCUCCUUUGAGGUUGGAACGUCGGUUACGGACUCUGCCUCGUGCCAAAUCUUCAAACAUGCCUCGCAUCCCUUGAGCUCGACACAUGCACUUUUGGCUUCGACUCCUGCUGAAGGGGAUGGUUUAAGCUCUCUGCACCUAAUCACUUUGGAUCUUCGGUUCAUCACGCGGUCCGGGAGAUAUCUCUCCCUUUUAGCGUACAAGACAACCCAGCUUCAAAACCUGCUUCGUUAUAUUGGCCAGGUGCAGAGACAAAUCGAGCUCGAAUGGAAAAACGCCCAAGAGCUGCCAGCACGGUAUAUGCGAAGCGUCAACGAAGAUCUGCAGGAAAAGUGCCACUGCGAUUUCGUCACGGCUGCUUAUCACUUAGUUGUAACUGGGGACUGCUUCGCGCCUCUCAAAGAGUUUUUAGUCGAUAUUGUCGGAGAGCGAGGACAUAAACGGUGGGAGAAAGCCGUCGCAACCGGCUAUGAGAAUGUGCGGCGCUUGAUCCACGAGUGCCUUCUGCCGGCGUUAGAACGAUGCCAAGUGCUCCUCAGUCGACUGUUUGGGCUUUCAAAAUUCCACAAGCUGAGCGAAGUUCUUGGUCUGGAAACAUCUGAUCUAAACGCAAUUGUUGAGACGAUGGACUGCCUUCAGCUAUUAUCUCACCACAUUCUUAUACACACCAACGAUGAGAUGUGUCAAUUUGAAUCCUUCUCCAAGUGGCUUCGUCAUGAAAUAGACAUGCAGACCGCGGAGCCUAUGUCACAAACGCUUGAGGAACUGAUGGAAAAGACCGACAUGAUCGAAUACCCCCAGACCCUGAAAUACAUCAGAGGAGCUCUUACCAAGAGUACACUCCGCCAUUAUAUCCAACAGCUGCCCAUGAUGGGGAUGCCGAGACCGACGUCAUCGACCUCCGACAAAUGGGCGCCGACGGGUCAUGACAGGUCCUUCUACGACACAUUCAAGAAGCUACUGGAGCAGCAAAAUCAGAACCCGGGCGAUGUCGACCCGGUGAAGCUCCCUAAGAUCAAUGACCUGACAAAACGCCUAAAAUUACAAUUCGACACGGUCUUUGGGCAAAUUGCGUUGACACAACGCAGGGGGAUACUUCAUCGAUCGCCCCUUUCGCUAGACCCCGAUUGUGAUCACAAUGUCAUUGAUAUGACAAUGCGCUACGAGGACAUCGACAACCAGAGUUUAUGUGUGAUUUAUGUGGCCACCAGAUCCAUCAAGUCAACCCACCUCAUGUAUAUGUAUCGCCUGGUUCUUGAUUCUGCAAACGGGGUCAGCUCUACACGAAACACUUCCCUAGGAACCAUCGACAUGCAAGAGGGACAAAUUCGACAGGUCGAGUUUGUGGAGGAUAAUACACUCAUGGUCCUUUGGGCGGACAGCAGAGGAUCCUCUUCUCUUCUGAACUUCGCUUUCCAGCCCGUGCCGCCUGGAACAACCGACGCGACUUCCAUUUCAGCGUCACCUCUUUUCAUCGAGUUCCAUGACUACCACGGAGAACAAGCCUCGCCUCGGCCAGCCGAGAAAACAAUCGCACUGGACCUUGUUUCUCCGGAAUGCGCUUCGGUCGAGCUCAUCAAGCAUGCCUUUGCCGUGUCGGGACCCAAAGCCAAGCCCGGCCGAAUCGACACCAACGGACGCAGUGGUCGUCGGGCAGUCUGCGUGCUGUACCACGAUAACCUACGAUAUGAGGUCCUAGACCUAGACGCCGAAAUGAUUGACGAGGAGGAAGAUAACGAGGACGGCGAGGCUGGAAGUGAAUGAAAUUGCCUGUCUCAUGCACCCGGUUAGAAUCGGCGAUCAAGCAUAGAAAUGCAAUAACUAUUCCGUGGCGGUGGCGGGAAUGCCAGAUGUCCCGUCUCCCUUUGUUUCAUCGUGGCAUUGUCGGAGAAAGGGCUUUGAAACAGAGUAGCCUAAGGCAAUGAUCUUCCGCCCUGGCUUCAGGUGCCUGCAGGUCUUUUCGCCACCGGCCGUACGGUAAGCAUUGUAAAAUUUACGGAUACCGCGCCGAGUUUUCGAGUCUAUACCGCAUUGGUUGAUAGGCGUUGACAAUGUG